AUGUCAGCUGCCGAUGUGGCAUUCUUUUUGCAGAAAUCCCCCGCACAGCGGCGCCCGGUCUGGAUUGAGGGGAUAAUCCAUCGAGCCCGAGCUCCCACUCACAUCACCACGGCCACCGCUUGCGCCGGAGCUGCCCCUGCUCGCACCGCCGCGGCCUCUGCUCGUGGCCUCCACCGUCUUCUUCGGGGCCUCUGCACAACGGAAGCGCCUCCCUCCCCCCUCUCCCCGUCCGAGCUCAACGCCAUCUCCACGCUCAUCCCGCGGCUCAUCUCCGAGGGCCAGGUCCCCGCCGCCGGCCGCCUCCUCUCCGCGGCGCUCCUCCUGCCCGGCUCCCCGGAGCGCCUCCCGUUCCCUCCGCUCGCGGAGCACCUCGCCUCCCUCCCCACGCUCACCUCGGCCUUCGCCCUGCUCACCGCGCUCCUCCACCACCCCGUCCGCCCCUCGCCGCUCCCGCUCGCCACCCCGCUCCUCGGCCACCUCCUCGCGAUGCGCCGCGCCCACGAGGCCGCCUCCGUGCUCCGCUGGCUCUGCCGCCCCGACUCCCCACGCCGGCCCGACGCCGCCACCUACGGCAUCGCCGUCGCCGGGUUCUGCAGGCUCAGGGACCCCAAGAGCGCGCUCGUCGCCCUCGGCGAGAUGGCCUCCGACGGGGUUCCACCCUCGCUGGAGCUGCAGGAGGCGGUGCGGGAUGCGAUGCUGCAGGACGCGAGGAUCGAGGAGGCGUGGGCGCUGGAGGAGGCUAUGCGGCCGCCGGAGUCCAAGAAGACGGGAACCAAGGCGGCGCGUCAAGAGAGAGAGCUUCGGGUGAGAGAGAGAGAGAGA